AUGACUGAUAUCCUAGAGCGUUUAACUGAUAGACAGGGCCUUGGACCCUUUAACCAACCUGGGGGUCAGGAUAGAGGAGAAGAUAGGGCUUUGGAGAGGUUCCUGAAGUUUAACCCAACUAAAUUCACUGGAGAGUCCGACCCCGAGGCUGCUGAGAACUGGUUAGAGAGAAUGACUAAUAUAUUCGCUGCUUUAAACUAUACCGAAGAUAGGCGAGUAAUUUUUGCGCUUUCCAAUUUGAGGGAAUGGCAUGUGCCUGAAUUGGUGACUAAUGAACGAAAGAGGAUAAGGCGCUUUGUACAAGGACUUAAUGUGGAGAUUCAGGAGGGGUUAGCAGCAGCCCAAAUCUCUACGUUCACUGAAGUUUUAGAAAAAGCGCAGAGAGUUGAAAGUGUAAGGCUGCAAGUUAGAAACUUUCACGCUAAGAAAAGGGGCACUUCUAGUAACUCGUCUGGACAGGUAGAUAAGAGUGCCCCACCAUUCAAAAAGGGAAAAGUAACUGGUGGAAUGGAGAUAUCUAGCACACCAAAAGAGACUCAAUCAAGAGUAGAUCGCAAUGGACGAGAUCAAUCGAGAGGGGCACCUCCAAGUGGUCAAUCUGUGGCUCCCCAAGUUGUUUGUGGUUAUUGUGGCAAGUUCAACCAUACGGAGAAUGAUUGUUUUAGAAAACAAGGAAGAUGCUUGUAUUGUGGUAGUACCGAGCACCAAAUAUCAAAAUGCCCGACCGUACCAAAAGAAGGAGGUAAUACCCAAAGGCCUGAAAAGUCAGCUGCUAAACAGUCUAGUGCUGGAGGAAGUCGAUCUAAAGCACCAGCUAGAAUUUAUGCAUUAGGCUAUCAACAGGCUUCCAAUUCUGCUACUGUCGUUGAAGGUGUGAUUCUCGCUUUUAAUUGUCUAUUUGAGAUUCUAAGUGACCCUAGUACAAUUCACACUUUUACAAAAUCCUAG